AUGGAGAUGUCCAUUGAGAGUUGGUUCAACCUGCACUACUACGGCUUCGGACAUGACGGCGAACCGUUGAGUGAUGGGGAAGAGGACGAAGAGGAUUUAGAGAGUACACCGGAAGAACCGAUUGAGGAGAUCGAUGAUCGGGAGUUUCCUUUUCAUGAUGAUGUUUUCUACAUAAACCUAAAAGGCCCUCGAGUUCGCACCGGAUUCGAUAAUCUUCCAAUGGAGAUCUUGAUCAAUAUAUUCCGCUUCCUUAACGCGGUGGAUCGGGAUUCGGCUGCACUCACCUGCAAGCGGUGGUUCGACGCGAUGGGUUACCGGGACUUUCUCGGCGAGGUGUGCUUCCACUUCGAGGAGGUGACCAUCUGCGAUGCGACACCCCCGAUCGAGCUGUUUCUGCGCAGCUUUCGGCACUUUUCCAACAUCAAACUGACGCGCGUCACGUUCAACGGGUACUGUGAGUUCUGGGACGUGUUCGGGGACUACAUUCACGAGAUCACAUUCUCGAACUGCCCGAAUGUGACGAAGUCGAAGCUCACGAUGAUCCUGAAGCGGCUGCCGUUUCUUGAGUGUCUGGUGUUGGAGGAGUGCGAUGAGUUGUUUAAGAGCUGGACGCCGGUCGACAAGAAGCGCAUCGAGCCGACCUGUAAGAACCUUCGCAAGCUGGCCCUGCGCAAAAACAAUGCCUUCACUGUCGAUCACCUCGAUUACCUUAUCGCGAUGGGGCCCAACCUGGCCGCUCUGGAGGUCUCCAAGUGCCUGAAGCAAAUCGACGCUCCGACGCGAGUGAAGAUUCUUACCACCAUCCUGGCGAUCAUGCAGCGGCGCAAGAAGAAGCUAAAGUCGGUCGAUUUUAGCUACACAAUGUACGACGAUCUGUUCCUGAAGCAGUUUGCCGAGAUUGAAGAUAUGUCGCUCAGUCAGAUUAGUUUGUCCUUCUUCGAGCGAGCUCCUAUCAAGGACCCGGGAAUCAUCGAUAUCCUGCGCUGUCAGACCAACAUCGUGCACCUCGAUCUGUCUUCGUUUCUCAAUCUCACCGACUUUGCGUUGAUAGAAAUCUCCAACUCGCUGCAUCUACUCAGAACGCUCAAACUGAACGGAUGCUGGCUGUUAACGGAUUUUGGAGUCGAAUCGAUCUACAAGCUGGAUCGCUUACGCGUGCUCGAUCUCUCCGAUUGCGAUAAGAUCAGUGAUCGGGGUUUCAUGAAGGCGAUUGUCGAUCGAAAGCGGGACUGCAUGAACCAGCUGUUUCUCAGCAUGCUGCCAGGAUUAACGGACGGUGUCAUCCUGAAGAUAUGUCUUACGCUUCUCAACCUCACCGUCAUAGAUUUCUGUGGUUCGGAUUGCAUGAACGACACCUCGGUGCAGUUUCUGUUUUGCUACCUCAAAUGUCUUCGCAUCCUGCGGUUGAAUGGAUGUGUUAAGAUCUCCGAUGCUGGGCUGACGGGGGAAAACUUGGCGGUGGCAGCAAUUGAAAUGUGGGAUGCUCAAACAACAUUCUCCAUCAGCGAACUUCGGAGUCUCCAGGAGCUUCAACUGUCCGGUUGCUUCAAAGUAACGGAUAUCACGCUCAUGCAUUCAUUUCGAUUUCGAGAGCUGCGUGAAGUUAAUCUAGCACAUUGUGUACAGAUAUCUGAGCAAGGAAUCGAAGCUAUGUCCUUAAACUGCCCCGCUUUGGAACAGGUUGAUCUUAGCGAUUGCUUUCACGUCAACGAUCGGUGUGUCGAGUAUCUCUCGAAAAAUCUCUUGAGGCUCCGUCUACUAAAACUGGUCCGAUUACCGUUACUCACCGGGGCUAGUGUAGACUCGCUAGUCAACAACUGUAGGGCGCUUCGCUAUCUCCACAUUCGUGGCUGCCACAAGCUACCGAAGGAUUCCGCCCAGCGGCUGAAGAAAAUUCCCACCCUGCGUAAUAUACCCAAAUGCUAA